GUACCAAGUAUACGUCGCCAUGUCUGUCUGUAUGUGUGGCUGGGGGCCGACGCAAGGCCCCAAUAGGACCAGCCACAAGAGAGGAGAGAAGGAGGAAGGAUGCCAAGCAAACCCCCAAUUGAACUGCGAGGAGGACGACUUGCAUUUUGAUAAACCUAACAACUUCUCCGAUCAUCAUUUCCCAACAUCAGAACCACUGCAGAGCUGGAUGCUGUCCUUCGAUUAAUCAUCGUGAUCACAGGGCGGAACGGGCAGCCCGCGCGCUAGUGGAGGUGUUGACAGCUUGGAACUUGCGAACCUUGAGAACGUUGGAAACCCUCAGGAACCCGCCAGCCCGCCAUCUCUCCCACGUCCCCUCACCUGACGGGGCACAAUUCAUACAGCGGCCAAUAUGCCUGGAGAUAAUUCCCCGUCUACUGCUCAAGGCGCGAAAUCCAAGAAGAACAGGAAGAAGAACGCAAAGGCCAAGGAAAAUGCACAACAGGCCGACCCGGAACAAUUAGAAACCUCCGAGAACCACGAUGGUACAGUUCAGGACGAGGCCGAAGAGGACCGCAGCGACCCUGUCGAGACCCCAGACGCCGAUAUCGUCAAGCAAGAAACAACUGAGAAGACUACACCCGAGCAGAAUGUCGACAACCCCAACUCAGACGAUGCCGAGCCCAAAGACCGCUUCGAUGCCCUCGUUCGAGACCGCGACUCCCUCCGAGCCGAAGUGACCGACAUGCGCAAAUCCCUGGAAGAGAUACAAUCCAAACACCGGGCCGACAUGGAAGCCUUACAGCAGAAAUUGGACGAUUCAGAAUCUAAAAAGGAGCAGGCAGAAACGCAGUUCCAGAAACUCAUGGAGCGGGUGAAUGCAAUCAAGUCGCAACUAGGGCAGCGCCUUAAGGAGGACGAGGAGGAAUUGGCUCAAGCGCGAUCCCAAAUCGAAGAGCUGGAGGAUGAGAACGCUACACUCAAGUCACAGCUGGAAUCAAAGUCUACAGAACUAGCAGAGCUUUCCGAAGAAUCGGCGCAAAAGACCAAGGAGAUCGACACCCUUCGAGAUCGAACGAAUUUGUCCCAGCAAAACUGGAUCCAAGAGAAGGAGGAGCUAAUCGAGCAAAACGCAUACCUCCAGUCCGAGUUCGAACAAGCCAAGGAUGCCAUGCACAAUUGGGAGGUGUUGGCCAUGGAGGAGCGAUCUGUCCGUGAGAACUUGGCCGAGAAAACAAGCGAUCUCGAGGACCAGCUUGCCAACCUGCGGGAUGCCUACGAAAGGGCAUCUGGCGAGCGCGAUAGCCAACAAUCCACGGUGGAUGGUCUUCAGCGAGCACUACAAGAAAUUCAAUUGGCGCGGAAGCAGGAGCUUCGAGAACUGAUUGAGAGCUCCGACACUCAGCUCGAGGAUCUGAGAAAGUCCUUGCGAGAAGCCCAGGAGCAAGCCAAGAACGCUGACAAGAAUCUCCUCACGGCGCAAGAGGAAUUGGAGCGGAUGCGGCCAUUCGAGAAGGAGGUGAAGGAGAAGAAUCUUCUCAUCGGCAAGCUACGACAUGAAGCGGUCACGUUGAAUGACCACUUAACCAAAGCACUUCGGUUCCUGAAGAAGGGCAAACCGGAAGACAACGUAGACCGGCAAAUUGUAACAAACCAUCUACUACAUUUCCUUGCACUGGACCGGUCAGAUCCCAAAAAAUUCCAGAUUCUCCAGCUCAUCGCGGCUCUACUGGGCUGGGACGAUGAACAACGCGAGCAAGCUGGUCUGGCUCGACCAGGAACCUCCAGCUUUACCGGAAAGCUUCGAGUUCCUGGUACACCCUUACGCACACCCAGCACACCGAACCUUGCCGAGUUCAUGGACAAUGGAGCAUCCAGUAAGGAAACGCUCGCCGAGCUAUGGUCCAAUUUUCUGGAACAAGAAGCAGAGGCUGGAGACAGGAACACGAUGAGACGUGGAAGUCACCCAGGUCCAGCGAAGUCAUAGCGAUAUCGUCUAGUGUGCAGUGUUUUAUUCUUUCUACUAUCCAACUGUGGGGUUAUCCAGGGUGGUAAUAUUGUAUUUUGUUGUCUCUAGCACACACUGUUGUAUAGAAAUCGCCA